AUGGAUUUAUUGGAAACAGACGACCCAGACUGGUUCUUGGUAAGGGCCAGUAAUGGUGAGAUUGGGCUGGCACCGAGCAAUUACGUCCAUGAUGCUAAUGAAGGUUUUGAAGACGCCCAAGAAGAACUUCCUGCUACCUCAUCAAAUGUUCCGCAACCACCAGCACAGCUACCACAACCAACACCACCAACCAUUGCACCACCACAACUUCAACCUAUUUUAUCACAUACGACUGGAUCUACUGCUGCCACUGGCAACGGAAGUAGGGAAGCAAUCUCAGAUGAUGCGCAAUCUUGGAACGUUUAUGAAUACGACCCAAACAAAAAGAAGAAGAAGAAAAGUAAAGGUAGCCUUUUCAUUGGCAAUGGCAUGAUCUGUUAUGGCAGUGAAACAGAUAAAGCAUCACCUGUCCAGCAAUAUCCUAUUUUAGAUGUGACCAAAUAUCUUUACGAUGGGAAAAAUCUGCAUAUUGAAAUAAAUGGCAGUGGCAAAGAUGCUGUAUUAGAUUUGCAAGCUUCAUCGAAAUCGGAAGCUAAAGCAAUCUUAGCGAAGAUAGCCGAUUCAACAAGAGCGGCGCAAAUGUCCAAUACGCAUUUAAAUCAGCACACUUCAGAACGACAAAUAGCUGCACCUGCACCUGCUAUUACAUCAAUUCAGUCACAGCAUGAUGAGCAAGAGCAACAGUAUACAACAGAUACGCAUGAAGGAGAAGAAGAGCCUAAUUGUGAACCACGAUGGGGCAUCUCUUUGUAUACAUUUGGUGCCGAAGGGGGUGAUGAGAUAUCCGUUGCUGAAAAUGAGCAAAUUUAUGUUGUUGAUUAUGUGCGAACAGAUGGUUGGUGGCGAGUGCAAAAGGUAGAUGGUGAAAUGGGGAUUAUUCCAUCUUCUUACGUCCAGUUUGACGACGAAGAAGUAGCAGAACAUGAUGCAGGACAAAGUAAUGAUCAUCAACAAAGUUCUCGAAGUCUUGCUCCAAAUAAUGUAGAAGAUAUUAGAAAGAAACGUAUAGAAGAAGAGCGUGCCUUGCAACAACAAAGAAUCGCUGAAGAAGAAGCUCGUGAAAAGCAAAGACGUUUAGAACAAGAGGCUAAAGAAAGACGAAGAUGGGAAGAGGAAGAGCAACGGAGAAAACGCGAGGAAGAAGAUCGUAAACGAAGGGAACAAGAGGAGGAAGAACGUAGACAAAGAGAAAUUCAGGAAAGAGAAAAGCGCAGACAGGCGCAAGAGGCAGCAAAGCGCGCAGAGCUGGCCCGCCACAAACAGUUAGAAGAGGACUAUCGUCGCAAAGAUGCCGAAAGAAAAGCGUCUCUUGCUCGAUCUCAAAGCUCUGGUUCGAAACACAGCAGUAAUGGUAGCAGCCGUCAUCAAGAUUUACCUAAGCCGGACCUAAAUAAAAUUAGAACAUGGACUGAUCGCAGUGGUUCUUUUAAAGUUGAAGCCCAAUUUAUCGAUUACCAUAAUGGUAAAUUACGUUUACAUAAACUAAAUGGCGUAAAAAUUGAUGUACCUGUGGAAAAGAUGUCACCUGAAGAUAUUAGAUGGGUUGAAGAACAUACAAAGUCCCAUUCCCCAUCCGCUUCAUCCUCAACAAGGGACCAAAAGGAGCCAGAAAUGACACCGCCCAUGCCUCCUCGACCGCAACCUACUGGGGGUUCUGCAACAUCUUCACGACCUCAGCAAAAGAAGGUCAAUGAAAAGUGGGAUUGGUUUGACUGGUUCAUGAUGAUCGGUAUCCCUAUGCAGGCAUCGCUUCAGUACGCCUCUGCUUUCAAAGCUGAAAAAUUAGAUGAUAGUGAUAUAGAUAAUUUGACACACAAAAAAAUGAAAAUGCUUGGUAUGAAGGAAGAGGAUGUCAGACGUGUCGAAAAGUUUGUCGAGACUGGCCAACUUGAUUCUGAAGAAGAUCCCGCAAAGAAAAGCCAACUUGAAAAGGACGAAGAACUUGCUAGAAAGUUACAGAAUGAAUGGAACAAUGACAAUAGCUCAUCAAAGACUAGAACUAGUAGGCCCAAGCCUAGUGUGUCUGCUCCGAAGGAUGUACAUGCAGAUUUGCUGGAUUUCAUUGGUGAUAAGUUAAGUGGUGCUUCUGAUACUGCAAGCAAAGAUAAAGAUAAGGGCCUUGAAAAGCCGAAAAAUAAUGGCGCAGCAGGGUUUGCUGAUGAUGCUUGGACGCCUCGAUCAGACAAUAGCCCCCUCGCCAGCUUAGCUGCUUUGAAGCCAAUUCCUGCUGCGCCAGCCGCAUCAACUGCAGCAAGCUCAUCAUCAGCUAUAGUAUCUCCUGGCCCCUCUUCUGCUCCUGCGGUUCCUAUAGCACCUGUAGGUCCAUCUCUGGAAGAACAAAAAGCAGCGGAAGAAAAGCGUAAACGCAUGCAAGAGGAGGAACAAAUACAGAAAAUUCAAUUGAUGGGCUUACAACAGAAAGCUAGAGAACAACAAAAGCAAUUAGAGGAAUUGCAAAAGCUAACAGAACAACAGCUACAACUACAGAAGCAAUUAGCUAUGCAAACAGGUACUCAACAACAGCGUCUGCAGCAACAACAACAAAUGCUCGACAUUCAAGCACAACAACAGAUGCUCCAGCAACAAUUAGGUCAACAGCCAUCCCAAUUACAGCCUUCUUUGACAGCACAGCCUACAGGCUUUAUGGCAUCACAUUCUAUAACUUCUCAACCUACCGGUCUGAUGUCACAGCCCACUGGUAGUUUGGCUAAUCAAUUAAGCUCUCCUGGUCGUUUAAGGCCUUCUGCUAGCAAUAACAUCUUCUCUGACCCUACGUUAGGUCAGUGGCAGCCUAGUCAGCCACCAGCAAUGCAGCAGCCAGUACAUACAAGCUUCCCACCGCAACAACAACAACAGCCAGAGCAGAAUUUAGCAUGGCAAGCGCUCCAACCUCAAAUGACAGGCUUUCCUUCGACUGAUAUUAACAGUAAUAGUAAUGCCUUCCAGCCACAGCAACAACAACGACAAGGCUCUUUACCACUUCCACCAUCCUUGUCACCCACACCUGCUGCUGCUGGACAGCAAAGUAAUAUUUUCAUUAAUAAUGGUGCUCCUUUUAGAGCACAAAGCAUGCAGCCUACGGGCAGACAUUGGAAUAUAGCCACACCUGAUAAUCCAUUUGGAUCCCCUAACAUGGCUCCAUUGCAAGCUCAAAUGACAGGCAUCAACUUUUCUACACCCAGCCCUCAAGCCUUUAAUCAAAGUCCAUUGCAACCACAACAAACUCAAAUGCAACAGAAUUACAUGCAGUCUCAAAUGACAGGUUUUCCUACUCAACAACAGCCAGUAGCCGGAAAUAAUAUCUUUACUCCACAAGGUUCAAUGCAAUAUGGCCAAUCGGCAUUCCCUGAUCAGCGUCCUUGGUAA